AUGAGCAAUUCCAACACCAACACGAACAACAGAUUUAAUCCCAGGCAAUUGUUCUCAGAUGCUGCAUUCCAAGACAUGCACUCCCUAGUAGAAUGGGUUAGCUCCCUCCCACCGGCUCAGCAGUUCCUCCCGCCCGUAUCUCCAACAGUCUAUGUAACCCUCAUACAAUGGACUGUUCCCUUCCACCCACAAGGGAAAACUUCCCUCCCUUCCUCCAGCCUUAACUUUCCCGGCCGCUAUGCCUGGCUCUGCAUGGAAAGCGUCGGUGCCAUCAACCUCCUAUACACCCUCUACGCCACCCCCUCCAGUUUCCCAGACGGCCAGUUACCCAUCUGGCAUAAAGUAGUCGCAUGUCUCUAUGUCCUCCACUAUCUAAACCGGGCGGUCAUAACACCCCUCUUCCUCGCCCCAAGCAUGUCGCCAAUCCACCUGAUCAUAAUCCUUUCAGCAUUGGGAUUCAACUAUCUCAACUCAAGCUGUCUAGCAGGCUGGUUGUUAGGUUAUGGAACACCCAUGCUUGGUUCCACGGCGCCGCAAUCUCAUCAUCCAUCAAAGUUCUCCACGUCAUAUUUCCCAGUGGAAUAUUUACCCUACAUCGGACUCUGCCUAUUUUUCAUAGGCAUGUACGGCAACAUAAGAGCAGAGGGAGUCCUCUUCCGCCUACGAAGGGAAGAAGUCGACAAACGGGAUGAUAAUUCUAAAGAUAAAAUCCCCACCACACCAUCAACUUUUUUCUCAUCAUCUAACAACCCCAAAAACAAAUACGACAAAGUCUACAUCCUCCCCCCUCCAAACGGCUGGUUCCGCACAAUACUAUUCCCACACUACGCCUUGGAAUGGAUUGAAUGGUUUGGAUUCCUCCUGAUCGGAUUCUCCAUAACGCCCUCCCCAGCUCCAACUUCUGCCAUCACUCCCAGCCUAGCUCUCGCCCCGUAUUAUGCUCCCCUAGCUACCAUCCUGCUAAACAAGUGGGGUCUGUCUUUCCCACUUCCUGCAAUCGCUCUUUUUGUAAAUUCUGUGUUAACCACAGCGGCGCGUGCAAGCUGGGGGCGGAAGUGGUAUGUGGAGCGAUUUGGGGAGGAGAGUGUAGGCAGGUGUGGCGCGUUUGUGCCGUAUGUAAAGUGGUUGUGA